AAUUUUACAGAAAAGAACAAACAAUUCAAAUUAGAUAAUAUGCAGGAAGUUGAUAGCUUUGAUAAUAAAGAGAAUAGUAAUCUUACAAUUUCUCAUAUACAAAAUUUGAUAAUAUACCAUGAUAAAGAUCAUCUACUAGACACAAAGUGUCUAAAGUUAGCUUAUGAGAUAUCAAAACCUACAACAAACCAACGUUGGU